AUGAUUGGAGUUAUAUCGAAUCUCCAGGAUAUCCUGACGGAUAUUCAGUUGGUGACUCGUGCAACUGGCUUAUCGAAACCAGCGAAGGCUAAAUUUUGUGUAUAUUUGUUUCUCCAGCUUGCAAAGAAAACCCGGGUGUUUUUCUCACGUUUUUUUUUUUCAGACAAAAGAAUCGAAAUCAGCUUUGUGGAAGAUUUUGGAAUAUUUUGCUCAAGUACUUGUGUCGAUUUUGUAGAACUGAAAAUUGGCAACGACAUGGGUAAUACUGGUUAUAGGAUAUGCUGCUAUGAUAAACCAGAUGAAUCACUUGUAUCGGCUCAGCAUCUCGCAGUGAUUAUUUUCCGGACAACUGUCGGCGAGGAUGUAGGCUUUAAACUUAAAUUCCGGAAAAGUAAGUGCCUUGCAAGAUUUCGAGAAUUUAGAAACAGAUUUGCUUGGAAACUUCGAAAAGCUGUUAUUCCUUAA